GCCAGUCCCUCCACCCACCCACGCCUCUGCGCCUGCCACAACAGGGACAUUGUCUGGGCCGGGGGGGGCGGAUUUUGCAUGAAAAAACCCGACUUUGUGACCACAACAGGGCCCCUCUGUGCCGGGGCCCCUCGGAGCGCGGCGUGGGGUGGGUGCGGCGCAGUUGACGUCAAAGCGUGGGGCGAGCUCGGGGCAGCUCUGAGGGUGCCUUUGAGCACCGAUCAAAGCCCCGUUAUGCCCGGGGGGCAGCCGGCUGCUGGUUCGGUGCCGGAUUGGCUCGGUGCUCCCCCGGGCUUUGGUGCUGUCCUGGUGGGACUCCUCGGUUUGGCUGUCCCUGGAGGACGUGGGGGGAUGUCCCCUCGGGUGUCCCCAGCUGAUGGCUCUUCCUUUGCCUCAGGACACAGCGCUCAAGUGGGCAUCCCCCAGCCAGUCCCCGGAGGAGCACAGGAGGGUGGUGAUGCUGGAGAAGAAGGCAGAGGAGUCUUUCGGCUUCGAGAUCCAGACCUACGGGCUGCACCACCAGGACAGGAACAGCGUGGAGAUGUUCACCUUCGUGUGCCGGGUGCACGACGGGAGCCCGGCCGAGGCCGCGGGGCUCAAGGGGACACCAUCACCGGGGUGAACGGGCUGAACGUGGAGGGCAUCCGGCACCGGGAGAUCGUGGAGAUCAUCAAGAGCUCAGGCAAUGUACUCCGGCUCGACACUCUCUACGGGACGUCCAUCCGGAGGGCCGAGCUGGAGGCCCGGCUGCAGUACCUGAAGCAAACCCUCUACGAGAAGUGGGGGGAGUUUCGCUCGCUGAUGGUGCAGGAGCAGCGGCUGGUGCGGGGUGUGGUGGCCAAGGACCCCAGCAUCUACGACACGCUGGAGUCCGUCCGCUGGUGCCUGCAGGGGGAGGGACUGCCGGGGGGCUCCUCCCGUGCCAGCGGCAGCGAUGAUUCCCUGUACCAGACCUGCGUCUUCGCCUCUUCCAGCUCCCUGGAUGGGGACAAGGAUGGGGACAAGGACAAAGAUGAGGACAGCGGGGGUCCCGCGCCCCCCCCGCCGCGCCCCCGACCUGCCCUGGCCCGCAGCGCCAGCCUCAAGUGCGCGGGGGGCCCGGGGGCUGCGGGGAGGCUCUGGGCCCGGGCCGGGGACCCCGGGGAGGGAGCGGCCGCCCCCCGCAAGAGCCGACACAGCAGCUUCCGCCAGCGCCUGCUCAAGUUCAUCCCGGGUCUGAACCGGGCGCUGGAGGAGGAGGAGAGUCACCUCUAGCAGGCGCCCCCCGGCCCCCCAGGACUAUUUAUUUAUUUAUUGCAAGGGGCUUCAUUCUCCCGACUCCCACCCCUGGGGGCUGCAGGAAGGGGGUUGGGGUUGGCCCCAGGGGCUCCGAUUUGGCCCCCCAGGCCGUGGGGAUCGUGACACUGAGGGACGGACACGGCACCAAGGGACAGACGUGAGGAUCCUCCCGAGCGGCUCACGGAGCUCCCGGGAGCGGGACCUUCCUCCCUGGAGGAGUGCGCGGGGGGAGCCCCGCAUUACCCAGCUUAGGGGGGCUGCGAGGGUCCCACCCCUGCUCCCCCCGGGCUGUUGUACCAAUACAGAGAGGAUUUGCAGCGA